AUGUCCAACUACUGGCCUUGUGGUAUGCCAGAAAGAACAUGUGCUGGCUCAGAUUUGAUGGCAUUUACCGUAACAAAUUGUUUAUGGUCAGUUGGAAAAGGCUCAAUCCAAUUUAGAAAAGUCGCCGGUGACAUGUUUCGAAAUUGCUUGUCACCGGCACAGUUCACCAUGAAGCAAAACUGUACGGGAGACUCAAUUUAUAGAGUCUUCACAGAACAUCUCUCCUCACAAAACCGAGGGAAAUUAUUCCAUCCAUCAGUUUCGAAUGAAAUAAACCACCUGCCAAAUACUGUGUGCAUUCCUGUGUGCAUUCCCAUGUGGAGACCUGUAGUUCAGUGCAGUAGUAUUAGUGGAGGGUUAGGAGCUGACAUACAGUUUGUAUGCAAGCGUUGCAAAGGUGAGAUUAUAGAGAAUGAAGUAUUUCCAGCUUUAAUGAUGUACAACAGUGGCUCGUUAGAGAUAGUUGAGAACUUCUGUUACUUAGGUGAUAUGUUGGGCAGUGAAGGGGGUAUUGGUAGAAGUGUUACUUGCAGGAUAGGUUCUGCUUGGAAAAAGUUCAGAGAGUUACUUCCUUUGUUGACUAGCAGAGUCCUGUCAAUUGAGGUAAAAGGUAGGUUGUAUGAGGCCUGUGUAAGAAGUGUUAUGUUGUACGGUAGUGAGACAUGGGCAGUGAAGCAGGAAGAUCUUGACCGUUUAGAAAGGAAUGAUAUGAGAAUGGUUAGGUGGAUGUGUACUGCCAGUCUGAGAGACAGAAAGAGUUCAGAUGAGCUAAGAAGCAGGCUAAGUAUCCGUAGAAUUAAAGAUGUUAUCCAGAUAAGAAGAUUGAAUUGGCUGGGGCACUUGGAAAGAAUGGAGGAGGAUAAUUGGGUAAGAAAGUGUAGAGACUGCAUAGUUCCUGGGGCAAAGCCCAGAGGCAGACCGAGAAAGACUUGGCAGGAGGUUAUAAGGACAGCCUUGAUACAGAGGAAGUUGAGUUUAGAUCUAACACAGUCUAGAUCAGAUUGGAAGAGGGUCAUUAAUAUACCCCGUCCAACCCAUGCUAGCAUGGAAAACGGACGUUAAGCCGAGAAUGAUGAUGAUGAUGAUGAUGCUUACUUUAGCUCUUACUGUGUCUGCCUCUUCUUUUGGUAGAUCUUUAAUUGCCUCUUCCACUUUUGCAACUAUUUCUUUCUUU